AAAAAGUUUGCCAUCUGCCGUCACUUCAGUAAUAGCCUUACCUUCCUUUCAUUCCAUCCAUGGAGAAGAAGAUGGCUUUGCUUGCAAUUGCUGCUUUACAGCUCUUUGGCUUCUUUUUCUCCUCAAUGGCAGCUGCUUGUGUGUCAGUAGGUUGGUAGAUCUCCCUUUGGGGGUUGUUUGCUUUGUUUUCUGAGGUAAAGGAAGGAGCUUUUUGUGGUUACUGAGGAGUUGAAGAGAAUGGGGAGCAUGGCUAUGGUGGAGAAGAGGUCUGGGCAACAGCAGCAGAGAAGGGUUGGUGGGUGUGUUGGCAUUUUCUUUCAGCUCUUGGAUUGGAACCGGAGGCUUGCAAAGAAGAAGCUUUUCUCUCGCAAGCUCCUUCCUCCUGUUGGUGGUGUGAAGAGGGUUUCCAAGAGGUUUGGGGGUGAUGAAAAGAUGCCUACUUCCAAGCUGAAAUUGAUUGCGGAUGAGAACUGUGGAGGUUUUCCAAACUCUAAUAAGAAAUCUGAUGCUAAACAAUCCUUUGGUUUGUGUGACGAUGAUGAUGGUGGUGAUGUUGGAAAUGGGAUGAAAACUGCUGGGCUUGUUGCUAGAUUGAUGGGUUUAGAGACAAUGCCUGUUGUUUAUCAAGAGAAACCAAGAAAAGCAUUGGAUUCUGAGUUGUAUUUUGAUAGGGAUGAAAGCUGGGAUUGUUCCAGGCUUGAUCAGGAUCUUUGCACAGAGAUGGGUGGGAAUGGUAAGAUUGAUUCCAGGCCACAGAAGAUUCAGAAGACAGGAGGGUUCUUGGAGAAGCAGACAGUGAAUGCUUCUCGGUUUAGCUCCGAUGCUUUUCGGUUCAACAAGAGCAUGCUGGCUGGAUCGAAGAAGCAGCAUCAUAAGCUCCCGACGCCUGUUAAGAGCCCGAGGACACUCCCUAGGAGGAGCACAGUGAGGUUGAUGGAGGCUGCAACAAAGAUCUUAGACCCCGGGUCUCAUGCUAGGAAUCGAGCUCUUACUUACAUUGGCUCGGCAAGAGCCAGUGGUGGUGUGCAAGGAUCAAAUGUUGGUUUAUUAUCAAGAAAUGUGAAGGAUUCAGUUGUUGGAUCUUGUAGGAGUUGCGGUGGUUUGGUUGAAGUUCCAGGGUUGCGGUUGGGUGAGUGUGGUUCUUCUACUUCGGAUUUUAGCAAUGCUUCUUGUUCUGAUGUUGGGUAUGAAGAUAUCGGGAUCAAGCCACUUGAUAAAGUGGCCUCUCUUGUUGAUCAAGUUAAGACUAAUGCAAAGAAUAGAGCUUCGGACAAUGUAGAAAAGAAGUACAACAUUGUUGAAGUUCGAGAACAAAGGAAGUGCGAAGAGGAUGCCAUCCCAAAACCCGGCCCUAAGGUGAAAAAUUUGAGGCAAAAUCCGGUGCCAUCUAUCAAAGGUAAAGUUAAUGGCAAGCAAGAUGGAAGAAGGUAUCCCAACGAGGUGAAUCGGGCCAAAGAUUUCAUAUCUUCCAGUAAAAAUUUAAACAAGACCACUGUUACACGGCCGACCAAAGCAGUAGCAACAAGCCAUAAGAUGGUUGGGAUGGAGAGAAGUGUUGGCGGGAAGCAUUUGAUUCGGAAGCGAAGACCGGCUGGAGGCUUGCAGAAUGAAAAUUUGUGUCUAAGCAAUUCAAAAUUACCACAAGAGAGAAUUGCUAAAGGGAUCACUACCGAACGUUCUAUCAGUCGGAAUCGUAUCAAGAGUGAGGUAAGGAAGAGGGCAGAUGGUGAUAGUACCUCUGGUAGCAAGGGUAGUGAUGCAUUCUCUUUUACAUUCACUGCUCCAAUGAGACAUGGUUCAAGUUCUUCUUUGUAUAAGGGGAUGGCCGAGAAGAGUAGGAGCGAAGAUAAACAUUCAGGCGAGUUCUUGAAUCCAAAGGCAUCAUCACCCGAACGAAAGAAUGGUGACUCGACAUCUCAAAGAGCAACACCUUUGAGAGGUGAUGCACUGAGUAGUCUUCUAGAAAAGAAAAUCAGAGAACUGUCAUCGCUGGAUAUGGAUGAGUUAGCAAAAGGGGAUGCAAAUUUAGGUAGGUCUACUGCUUCGAUUCUUGAGGAGCUUAUCUCUGCACUUACGACAGGAGCUCCAUUACCUCAGAAAAAUUCUGAUUGUUGCAUGGAUGAGCAUAGUGUAACAAGCAAUUCUUGUCAUGACUCUGACGAGUUACAGAAUCAAGUAGUUGCCAUUACCAAAAGCCUUCAGGAAAAGGAACAAUCUGUUUUUGCUGCUGCAUCUCCGGCCUGUGAAAAUGAUCAGUGUAGUCCAAUCUCUAUUCUCAGAGUUUCAUUCUCCAAUGAGGGUUCUUUAUCUGAAAGUCCAAAUGGUAGCUCAGGAUGCAAACCAGAAGUGAGGCUCACAGAGAGCUUUAACAACAAUACACUCCAAUUGGACCUUGACAGUGAUCUUUUGGAUUCGGCUACUUCAGUAAUUAGUGAAAAGUUUGAAACUCAAAAGAGUCAGCAGUCCAUGAAUAAGUUCCAUCCUACCGGCAAUGUGUACUCAGUAAGCAAACUAAUUGAUGUGCACAAACCCAUAUCAGAUAUAGAAUUGCUGCUGGACAACAUUUUCUUUGAUCAAUCAAAUGGGAACACAUUUCUUCUCAACAUAUUAGAAUCCAUCCUCGAAGCUUUUGGUUCUUGCUUCAGAGAGUACGAUGAACCUAAUGCGGUUAGGAAUUUCCUGUAUGACUGCAUUAUGGAAUGCCUGCAUUCGAAAACUGGUUGCAAAGCAUUGAUGAGAUCGUGCCAGUUCUUCAGCAGAAAUCGAUUGAAGACUGAAAUUUUUGAAGAGAUUAGAAGUUGGCAGAGCUUAUCAGGGAAAAACACCGACGACAUUAUCGCAAAGGAAAUGAGCCGAUCAAUUGAGAGAUGGACGACAUGUGAAGUCGAUGCUUUUGAGACAGGCAUUGAGAUUCAAACUGACAUCCUUCAGUUACUGGUUGAUGAAGUUGUUGUUGAUUUGUGCCACGGAAGCUAAAUUUUGUUUCACUUGUGAC